AUGGUGACGGUGAAUGCAGACCCCUACGGACUCCCACAGGGAGCGACCACGACGACGGGGCAACUGGUCCUGGAGAUCGCGGAGAAGACCGGGGACGGCGGAGCGAAGUGCUUCGACACCCUGGUCAAGGCGGUGUCCAAUGUCUUGGAAAAACCCCACGAGUUCAAGUACAGGGAGCUCCGGAGAGGUAGCCAGGGCCUGGACCAGGUCGACGCGCAGCCGGCGGCUUCGAUGCUUCUGCGACGACUGGGCUUUCAGGACUGUGGCAACUGCUACCGGCUGCAGCCCUCGGGCGUCCGAGGAAGCGAGGUGGCGAGGUUGCAGUGUGCCCUCAAUGAUUUGCCACAUUGCAGUAGCUACGUGGAGCGCCUGGGGCCUUCGAUCUUCGCGCUGGGCUUGGAGUGGCGGAAGCCGGAUGGGACGACCACCUGUUUGCCAGGGCCGACCUUCCGUGAGCGUGUUGGCGCGGCGAACGUGGAGCAGUUGAUGCUGUCUUCAGGCGUAGGCGCGUGGGGGCAAAGAUCUGCGCCCCCACCAGCGGCGCCAGAGGAGGAAGAGGAUGAUGCGGACCUGCCGCUAAGCUCAAAGCAGCUCAGGGUAAGAACUGAGUGGCUGGGCAGGUCCGGGGUGUUGAUCUGGUCGGUUUUGAUCUCCCUUCUUCGCACCUCCAAGUGCUGGAACCCCGGAGACGCGGUCCGGGUGCGCGUUGCGCGGGUUCGGAUUCCUGUUUGCUGCGGUGGAUGGACAGGUGCAGAUGACCCAUGGUCACAAUCCUUGCGGCUGCCAGUGAACCCCUUGCCAGCCGACACCCUCAACAACCUGCAGGCGCAGUCUGACCAAGUGCUACGCCGCGUGAGCGCACUGGAGUCCUCCAUGACCGAGGUGACCCGGCGCUUGGAUGAUUGGACUGAGGUGACCCGCGGCGGUAUCGCAGACCUGCGCGCGGAGAUCGGCGCGGUCAAGCUGGAGCAACGCUUCGCGCAGACCUUGCGCAGCAGUGGUGAGGGCUCGCGGCCGGCACCCAACUCCUUGUCCGCAGGAGCUUCGCCCCAGGGGGAUGCCCAGCGUGAGAUUGUCGCUGAGGAGCUGAAGAAGCGCUUGGAAGUCUACGAGCAGAAACUCUCCGCCAUCCACUCGGAGCACGUCAUUGACGCGAGCAGCAUGAAGGAACGCUUGGAGGUGGCCUUGCGGGAGAGUGACAAUCAGAUGUCCCGGGCGGAUGAGCUCCAGGCCCUCUUGAAGGAGGAGCAAGGCCGCCGCGCGCUGCUCUUCGCGCGCCUGGAAGCCUUGGAGGCCUCCGUGACGGACCUCCGUACCAACCAGCGCGAGUUCGCCGCCACCCCCGAGGUGACCGAAAGCCUCUUGCGUGCAGAGAUGAAGAAGGAGGUGCAGCGCUUGCGUGACGACGUGGGUUCUGAUGCUUGGAAGAAGUGUGAAGAGCUGGACCGCAGGAUGGCGGAGUACCAACAGCACCAGAAUAUCGAAGCAGCUGCGUUGCGCAACCGCCUGGAGGCCGCGGUGAGGGAGGUGGAUCGUCACACCGCUGCAGCUGACGCGCUUCAGCGAAGGUGUGAAGACUUGGAGAGCCGUCUGCAGAAGCCGGAGGACUCCACCAUCAUCCGCACGGAACUGCAGAAGGAGAUUACAGCUCUUCGCGGCGAGAUGGAGAAGCGCGCCUCUCAGCAGCUGACCCAAGUGGAGGCCACCAACCUUGAACUCUUGAGGAAGCAAGAGGCUUCAGAGCGGCAGUUGCUGGAGUGGAAGCAGGAGAUGGCAGCAGUGCGCACCCGAAUUGAAGCACUGGAAGCCAUCACGCAGGCUACUCCGUGCGGCUCCCUCUCCCGCGAGGAGUCUGGUGAGACGCGGGAGUCCGUAGUGCGUUUGGCCCGGAAGCACAGCCUCACGGGAUCUCGGCGUAUCGUUUGCAUGUUGGUUUCGACCGCCAAAGAUCUCUCGACCAUGCGGGAGGAGCAUGACCAGGCCAUUAGCAGCCUCGGGAGUUUGACUGAGCUGGUGGCGAAGACCACCACCAGCACCAUCCAAAAGACCGAGGUGCACCGAUCGCCGCGCUCGGCGCGCGGUGGAUCGGUGCGGGAGAGCGGCGUGGAGCGCAUCGCAGCGGACCUGACGGGCAAGCGCCGGGACUUUGAGCAGCGCGGCGGCAGACAGGAUCGGGGGAGUGGGGUGAGGCGUUCCUUGAUUCAUCAUCGUGAGCAGCUGGAGCAGGACGCCAAGGCCACCGGCGCCGCGCGCGUGCGGCUGUGCUCGGUGCUCGGUGCUUGGCGCUCGCGGUGCAUCGAAGGGUCCACAAAGCGAGAGAUCAUCGCCAACAUCAAGAAUCUGAGCCCCACCCUGCUGGCCGGCGCCGUGGGAGGAGGUACGCUGGCGCUGGCCCUUACCGCUGGCGGAGGUCUCGGGCCCGUCGUGGGGGGCCCCAGAGCGCAGACGACCAACCAUUCCAACGAUGAAGCGGUGGAAAGCUAA